AUCUUGUUCCCAGGGGCAGUUGGCGGAAGAGAUCGCGCUCCCCGGUCGCCGGCUCGCAUUCUGCCGGGGGUUCUCGCGGCCAGCGUGUCGGUGUCUGCUCGUGGCCUGGGGUCCAUUUUCUGGCCCCCCCACCCGUUGCCUCCCCCACCCGGCUGGGGCACAACUAGGCGGCCCCUUCCGACGGCGUUCCAUGGAGUAGGGUCCCGGACCGUUGUCCCGAAGAGCGAUAUUGAGCUUGGUCCCCUCCCCCCUCCCUUCUCUUUCCCUCCUUCGGUCGCAACAUGGCUAACAACAGCCCCGCGCUGACAGGCAACUCGCACCCUCAGCACCAGGCGGCCGCAGCCGCGGUCCAGCAGCAGCAACAGUGCGGCGGCGGCGGCGGCGCCACCAAGCCGGCCGUCUCGGGCAAGCAGGGCAAUGUGCUGCCGCUGUGGGGCAACGAGAAGACCAUGAACCUCAACCCCAUGAUCCUGACCAACAUCCUGUCGUCGCCUUACUUCAAAGUACAGCUCUACGAGCUCAAGACCUACCACGAGGUGGUGGACGAGAUCUACUUUAAGGUCACUCAUGUUGAACCAUGGGAGAAAGGAAGUAGGAAAACAGCAGGCCAAACAGGGAUGUGCGGAGGGGUUAGAGGCGUUGGGACAGGAGGAAUUGUUUCUACGGCAUUUUGCUUAUUAUACAAAUUAUUUACUCUAAAGUUAACUCGUAAGCAAGUGAUGGGUCUUAUCACACACACAGACUCUCCAUAUAUUAGAGCCCUUGGAUUUAUGUAUAUAAGGUACACACAGCCCCCUACAGAUCUGUGGGACUGGUUUGAAUCUUUCCUUGAUGAUGAAGAGGACCUAGAUGUGAAGGCUGGUGGAGGCUGUGUAAUGACCAUUGGAGAGAUGCUACGGUCUUUUCUCACAAAACUGGAGUGGUUUUCUACCUUGUUUCCAAGAAUUCCAGUUCCAGUUCAGAAGAAUAUUGAUCAACAGAUUAAAACCCGGCCUAGAAAAAUUAAGAAAGAUGGGAAGGAAGGUGUUGAGGAAAUUGACAGACAUGCUGAACGCAGACGUUCAAGGUCUCCAAGGAGGUCGUUGAGUCCACGGAGGUCCCCAAGAAGAUCCAGAAGUAGAAGCCAUCAUCGGGAGGGCCAUGGAUCAUCUAGUUUUGAUCGAGAAUUAGAAAGAGAGAAAGAACGCCAACGACUAGAGCGUGAAGCCAAAGAAAGGGAGAAAGAAAGACGAAGAUCCAGAAGUAUUGAUCGGGGCUUGGACCGCAGGCGAAGCAGGAGUAGGGAGAGGCACAGAAGUCGCAGUCGGAGUCGUGACAGGAAAGGGGAUAGAAGGGACAGGGACCGGGAAAGGGAGAAAGAAAAUGAGAGGGGUAGAAGAAGAGAUCGUGACUAUGAUAAGGAGCGAGGUAAUGACCGAGAAAAGGAGAGGGAGCGGUCCAGAGACAGGUCCAAGGAACGGAGAAAUAGGGGCGAGGGAGAAGAGAAGAAACAUAAAGAUGAUAAAGAUGACAGGCGCCAUAGAGAUGACAAAAAAGAGGCCAAGAAAGAGAAAAAACACAGUAGAAGUAGAAGCAGAGAGAGGAAACAUAGAAGUAGGAGUAGAAGUCGCAAUGCAGGAAAGCGAAGUCGGAGUAGAAGCAAAGAUAAAUCAAGUAAACAUAAAAAUGACAAAGAAAAGUCAAAUAAACGAAGUAGAAGUGGCAGUCAAGGAAGAACUGACAGUAUUGAAAAGUCAAAAAAACAUAGCCCCAGCAAAGAAAAAUCUAGAAAGCGUAGCAAAAGCAAAGAACGUUCCCACAAACGGGAUCACGGUGAUAGCAAGGACCAGUCAGAUAAACAGGAUCGUCGAAGGAGCCAAAGUAUAGAACAAGAAAGCCAAGAGAAACCUAAAAAAGAUGAGACUCUGUGACAUUUUUGUAAAAGUGGAUCACAUUGAAUCCUAUAAAUGUUUGAUUAAAUCUGCUUUUUUUCUCCCUCUCUGAUUUGAGAUUGUGCAGUAGUUACACACUCUUCAAGACUUUAGACUGCAUUUUCAUUUCCUCUUUUGUGUAGGGAAGUGCCUUUGUAAUCCCAUUUAUUGCAUUGAUGUUCUCACCUAAUAUGUUGCGUUUGACACAUGAUGCACAAUUAUUCUUGCAUUUCUUACUGUUUUGUUUUGAAAUGUAAAGUCUGUAUAUACGUCAGAAAAAUGUUUUAAUUCCUUUGGCAUGGUUGCCAUGUUAAAUUUGUAUAAGGCAAUAAACUGCCACUAAUUAUAUUUUUGUUUUGUAGGUGUGGGAUUAUGGUUUGUGUACUGAAUUUAGCAUGGCUGUGCUUUUUGUAAUAGGAUGCUAAAGACUUUGAGAAUGAAUAUUGAUUAUAUAUCAUAGGAAAAUUACUUUGUGCAUUCAGUAUGCACAAAGACAGCAUUUGUAGGAUUAACAUUCUUGUCCACUGUAUAUUAUCUUGGAAGGCUCUUGUUACUAUGUUGUAUUCUCACAGUUAACUUUUAGAGAAUAUGUAUGAGAAAUUACUUUCUGGUGCAGAGACUUCAAUUAGGCUAUGGUUUGAUCAAAAGUCCUUUUAGCAUUCUACCUCAAAGGGACACUGUUAGUAUGCCUACAAUUUAUUCAUUUAGUUUUCCUUUAUUUGAAGCUACAUGACAUGUAAUCUUCCCCCCCCCCUUUGAAUUUUCCGAUUUUAAAUUGCUGUAUUAAAGAACAAAGUUAAUGUCUAAAGCCCAGCAUUCUUGCAGCAACCCUGUACUAACUGAACUCUGAAGAGGGUGGGACAACCUCAAGCUUCCAAAGCAUUUUUGUAAAUGAAAAAUACUUAAAUUAUGAAACAGCUUGAUAACGUCCUUUUUUUUAAAUUCAGAACUUUUUUAUUGAUAACGAAGACUGCUGUUUGCGUAAAAAAACUUUAUCUAGAAGAGAAAUAUUAAAAGUAAUGCUGUGCUGCAUUAUUUAAGACUAUCAGCAAAUUAUUUCAUAGAUUGUUUUUCUGACUUGUAUUCUGAUUAUAGAGAACCAUCAUGAGUGUGGAAUAAAUACUGGAUUAAAUCCUUUAUCCUGGGUGUUGGCUUCCCCCCCCCGCCCCCCGCUGUUAACAUUGUAAGGCAUUUUCUAUUGCAAAAUGAUGAAAUGAUAGCAGAGUAGCACCUGAUAUAGAGGGAUGAUGUCUCAGCUUCCCAGCGAUGGUAAAUUUUAAAGAUAAACACGUAGACCAGAAUUGAACAUGUGGUAGUCAGUAAUCCUUAAUCUUAAUGACAAUACCUUUUAGUGUGGCACUAGGGUAAUGCUUUCAUUGUGUGAUUAAUUUGUUUCCCAUCAAAGGUGAUUAUUG